CUUAACCUCACAAGUCACAACCUUUACCCCCUCUCUCUCUCUCCUUUCAUUGUCUCGACGACCCUUGUAUGAGAGGAUCCUAAGCGUUUGGUCGACAACAGUGUUUUCGGGUUAAGACACAGUUUGAUGUUCUGUUUUAUUUUCUAGGGUUUUGAAUUUCUGGGGGAAAGAAGAAGAAGAACAAAUAUGGCUUCUAUUGUUGGAUUGAACCAUCUUGCUGAAGCACUCAUCGAUGCUGGAAACAGACUUCUCACCCCUCCCUCAGCGGACGAGCUUCUUACCCUUCUCGAUGAAACUGAGUCACUGCUUAGAAAAGUGGAGCAAGAUCAACCCUUGUCAAUGCAAAACGCCCUGAUUCCCACCAAGAAGGCUUUGGUAUCAAGUGACCUCUUGACCCACCCUGAUUCUGAUGUUAGGGUUUCUGUUGUCUCCUGCUUAACCGAAAUCGUGAGGAUUACUGCCCCAGAAGCUCCUUACACUGAUGAUCAGAUGAAGGACAUCUUCAGGUUGACGAUUGAAGCUUUUGAGAAGCUAGCUGAUGCAUCCUCUCGCAGCUAUCAGAAAGCCGAGUCUGUUCUUGAUAAUGUAUCAAAGGUCAAAUCUUGCUUGGUCAUGCUGGACCUAGAGUGUGAUGACCUCAUUCUACAAAUGUUUCGCAUGUUCCUGAGACUCAUAAGAUCUGAUCAUCCACGGGUGGUGUUUUCGUCAAUGGAGAUGAUAAUGAUUACAGUAUUAGAUGAAACCGAAGAAGUGUCCAAGGAGUUUCUCGAUAUUCUAUUAGCUAGUGUCAAAAAGGAUAAUCAGAAUGUUUCACCGAUGGCUUGGAGUCUUGUGGAGAAGGUUCUUAGUAGAUGCGCCCGUAAACUUAAACCAUGCAUCAUGGAAGCUUUGAAGUCUUCAGGGACCACCUUGGAUUCGUAUUCUCCAGUAGUUACGACCAUAUGCCAGACUGUUUUUGAAACUCCCAAGGUUCAUAAUGUUGUUGACACCAAAGACAAUGAGGACAAACUGGUUUUGGGGCAUUCUCGCAAGGAGACUCGUUCAAAAAGUAGUUCCAAGGGACCUGCGAGAGAUGGAACUCGACGAAUCAAUGAGAAUGAGAAAUCAAACGGAAAGCAAGUGUGGUCUGAGAGUAGAGAUGCGGAAACAGAUGUAGGAGUUACAGGGAAGAGAGGAAGGAAACCAAAUUCGUUGAUGAACCCUGAGGAAGGCUAUGACAUUCCUUGGCUUUCAGGGAAAAGAGAUUCUCUAAAGAAAACACCUCCGGCUAAAGAAUCUUCCCCAGCCACUACUAGUAGGGCUCUGACGGGUUCAGUUAAACGAAGCAGGGUUAAGAUGGAGGAUACUGAUCAUGAUUUGGGUUCUCCUUCUUCACCCAAAUUGAAGAAGUUGGCAUCAUGCUUCCGGGACGAAGAAGAGAAUUUUGAGAAAGAAUCAAACCGUGAAAUACCAGAAGAUGACACAAAGAUAGGAGAAUCAAGGAAGAAGACAAAGUCCCAGCACGGCGGGAAAAAGAAGGCAGUUGUGAGCUCCAGCGGAAAAAGAUCAUCAGCUCGCACAGCUGCUAAGAAAAACAACUUGGAAGGUGCUUCUUCGGAUACUCCUGUUCCACAAUCAUCAAAGGACAAGAAGAAGAAGGUUUCUCAAGUUGGACCUAGACCAUUGGCAGAAGAAUCUGAAGAAACUUCAAAGAGCCUUCAAGUGAGGAGCCGGACAGCAAAAAAAGAAGUGGGUUCUGACACGAAUGGCCCUGGCGCGGAUUUGGUCGGGAAGAGAGUGAAUAUCUGGUGGCCACUGGACAAGACUUUUUAUGAAGGCGUCAUACAGUCUUAUUCUGGUCGUACGAAGGUGCAUAAGGUAGUAUAUACUGAUGGAGAAUCAGAAGAACUUCAUCUCCAUAAAGAACGCUGGGAGCUACUUGAGGACCUCUCUUCUGCCAGUGAGGAGGAGGAUAUGGAGAUUGAUCUGCCAGAGUCCAUUCCUUUAUUUGACAUAAUGCAGAGGCAGAAAGUCAAGAAAAGCAAAAACGUGGAAUCAUCAUCAAAGAAGGAUUCUGGCAAAAAGGCAGAGAAUCUCAAAUCGUUGAAAGAGUUGAGUGCUGCUGAAACUGGCAGAAGAGAAGCAGAGCAGGAAGUGAGCCGAGAUGUGGAGGAGGAAAGCGAAGAUGAGUAUUAUAAUAGUGAGAUGCAAGAAGGUGAAGAGAACCUGAAAGUGACUGAGACGGAAACUAAGGAAGAAGAGGAACAGUUUGAAAAUCCAGAGGUUGAGAGUGAGAGAGAUGGCUCAGAGUCGGAAGAGGAGCCAAAGUGGAGAGAAACAGAUGAUAUGGAGGACGAAGCAGAAGAGAGAGAAGAGGAAGAGGCUGAGGCUGAGGCUGAGGCUGAGGCUGAUGAUAAAGUGCCAAAAUACUCAAGCCUCUCUGAGAUUGAGAAAGACUCUGAUGAAGAGAGAGGGUCUUGAAUUGGACUUUAUGCGUCGUGAACAAAAACCAUUUGCUUUACUCUCUAUUUCCUUUAUUUAUCUUUGUUACUAGAUUUUUACUGAACCUGUUAGAGAGAUAUGACGUCACCUGGUCUGUGUUGUGUCUCUGAGAGCUUGUGACAUUUGUAUUUUAGGAAAGCAUAAUCGUUGUUUACUAGAUAAAGAGCCACGUUUAUCACUCGGUUAUAAGGUUAUUUUUCC